AUGGAAGUAUUCAAUGGUCCGUCCCAGUUAGCUUUUGAUGAAUUUGGAAGACCAUUCCUUAUUCUUAGAGAUCAGGAAAAGAAAAAGCGCCUGACUGGGUUACAGGCACACAAAUCCCACAUUUUGGCGGCUAAGUCUGUUGCCUGUACGCUCAGAACUUCUCUUGGACCCAAGGGCUUGGACAAGCUCCUUGUUAGCCCCGAUGGUGAUGUUACGGUUACAAACGAUGGUAGAACGAUUCUCGAGAAAAUGGACGUGCAACAUGAGAUUGCGAAAUUGUUGGUGCAAUUGAGUCGGUCCCAGGAUGACGAAGUUGGCGAUGGUACCACUGGCGUUGUCGUCCUUGCUGGAGCUCUGUUGGAACAGGCAGAGACUCUUUUGGAUCGUGGGAUUCAUCCGAUCAGAAUUUCUGACGGUUUUGAACUUGCAGCUAAGGUCUGCGUGAGUGUCUUGGAUGAGAUAAGCGAGGACUUCGAAUUUUCGCUUGAGAAUCGUGAACCUCUCAUUAAAACUGCCAUGACUGCACUUGGGUCAAAAAUUGUUAGCCGUUGCCACCGUCACUUUGCUGAGAUGGCUGUUGAUGCCAUCCUAUCUGUUGCCGACAUCAAACGAAAGGAUGUCGACUUUGAGUUUAUUAAGGUGGAAGGAAAAGUUGGUGGUAGAUUGGAAGACUCGAUUCUCGUCAAAGGAGUCAUUGUUGACAAGGACUUUUCUCAUCCUCAAAUGCCCAAAAAGGUGGUCGAUGCCAAGCUUGCGAUACUUACUUGUCCGUUUGAACCUCCCAAGCCCAAAACUAAACACAAUCUUUUCGUGGAGAGUGUCGAGGAUUACCACAAAUUGCGCCAGUAUGAACAGGAAAAAUUUGUGGAGAUGGUCGAUAUGGUAAAGAAGACGGGGGCGAAUUUGGUGAUAUGCCAGUGGGGCUUUGAUGAUGAGGCCAAUCACCUUCUUCUGAGUCGCCAAUUACCAGCAGUUCGAUGGGUUGGUGGAGCCGAAAUUGAGCUCAUUGCAAUUGCCACUGGUGGGCGCAUCGUUCCACGCUUUGAGGAACUGACCGCGGAGAAACUGGGUCACGCUGGUGUCGUGCGCGAGUUGACUUUCGGAACCACAAAGGAUCGCAUGUUGGUAAUUGAAGACUGCAAGAACUCUAAGGCGGUCACUUGUUUUAUUCGGGGCUCUUCUAAGAUGAUAGUUGAGGAGGCUAAACGCUCUCUCCAUGAUGCGCUAUGUGUAACGCGUAACCUGGUCCGCGACCCGCGCGUCGUGGCUGGUGGUGGCGCUUGCGAGAUUGCCUGUGCAAUUCGAGUCGCUGAUGAGGCGGAGAAGAUCUCCACUAUUGAGCAGUACGCGAUGCGCGCAUUUGCUGACGCCUUGGAAUCUAUUCCGGUUGCUCUCUCUGAGAAUGCUGGUCUUCCAUCAAUCGAGACUGUGGCCUACGUGAAGGGUCGUCAGGUGCAAGAGAAGAAUCCCCAUCUUGGAAUUGAUUGUCUACAUACAGGCACUUGUGACAUGAAAGAGCAAAAUGUCUUUGAGACUCUUACCUCCAAACGCGCUCAAAUCAUGCUGGCGGUGCAGUUGUGUAAGAUGAUAUUGAAGAUUGACGAUAUCCGCACCUCAGUGGAUGAAAUGUAA